AUGCAAGCUGAUAUAAAGAACAGAAAGAAUGUUAGAAAAAAAAAUGACUUAAUAGACGUUAAAGAUUGUAAUGCUUCUCAAGGCUGGAUGGAGAAGUUUGGAAAGCAUCAUUGUAUCAAGAUGAAUCGAAUUCAUGGUGAGGCUGGUUCAACAGAUAUAGAGUCGCUUCAGAUUGACAAGACUGCUAUCAAAGGGAAGAUAAAGGGUUAUAGUGCUUGUGACACCUAUAACUUUGAUGAAACAGCACUUUUCUAUGCCACCCCACCAAGAACAAUGAUUUCCCACCAGAAAUUUUCUGGUUGA